AUGUGGAUGGCUAUUACUGAGGAGUGGAGUGCAGUCAACAAAGAAAUCACAAGGAAAGAUUUAACAGAAACCCUCAAGACUUCAGGUGUGGAGACCAAGAGAGCUGCAGAGCAGGUCACCAGCGCAGACCAGGGUGUUCGGAGGCCUGGACAAGCACUGACGCUGUCGGGCGGCUGGCUGUCAGCCGCAUCACAGCCAGAUAGUCAAAAUGAAGACCAAAAGCACAGAGAAAAGACAUUUCAGAAAGAGAAGUCUGUUCAUGACAUAGACACUCAUAAACAUGAACACAAAGACAGAGGGAAGAGUAAGGAGAGAAUGAGAGAGAGAUUUAAAUCUGGUGAAAGAGAUGGGGAUAAAAUGAGAGAGAGAGAAAGGGGAAAAGAGCACCAGAGAGAAGGAGACCGAGAGAGAUACCAAGAUAAGCUUCAAGAAUCAAGUUUGGAGAAGGAAAGAUACCAUGUACCAAAAGAUAAAGACAGGGAGAGCAAUAGAGAACGAGACAAAAAGCAUAAAAGACAUGAGAUAAAGCAAAUAGAUACACAAACCAAUCUGAAAUCAUUUGAAGAAAGAGAUAAAGAACAUCAUAGAAGAAGAGAAAGCAGGCAUCAUUUAGAGGAGGAGAAAACAAGAAGCGAAGAGCGAGAAAGAAGACAUACAGAAAAGAAGGAUAAGGAUACUAAAAAGAGCAUUGACAAAUUUUUAGCCUACAAAGCUGAAGAAGGUGAACGUGUAUACAAGUUACAGAAAGAUCGAGAGUUGGAUAAAGAGGGAGAAAGAAGACACAGAGAAAAAAAAGAAUAUUCUGUUGGGCCAGGAAAAGAGAGGUUCUCAAAAGAGAGAAGUCAUAAACGUUAUGAAAAGGAAGAGGAAGAAAAACAUAAAUUAAAAAGAUCUAAAGAGGGAUCUUCCCAUGGAGACAGGGAAGGGACUGUAAGAGAUAAAGGAAAACUCAUUGAAAAAGAGGAAAGAGACACAAGACAAGAGGAAGUGAAAGAUACACGCAUCUAUAAUUCAGACACAGGAUUUGAUAACUUUUCAGCAAAUUAUGAAGAUGAUUUUGAAGAUUAUGAAGAUGAUUUUGAUGAUGACGAAGACAAAAGUGGUGAAGAAAGAGGUGCAGAAGAAAACCUAAGAGAGAUUCCGUUUUCCAGAACAUCAGAAAUUGAAGAAAUUCAAAGAGCAAUUAGUGCAGAAAAUGAUAGAAUUUGCACUUCACUGUCAAAGAAAAUUGAAAAUGUGAAAAAGGAACCAAUCAUGGAAAGGCAAUAUCCUUCUGUCAGAAACUCUUCUUGUGGAAUAUUCAUGGAUUUUCAAAUGGCAAACCAACGACAGAGUAGCCGAAGUAUGGCUAGUAAGCAGAAAAAACGGAGUUCAGAACUUCUCCCACUGAUUGAUCUGGACUUCUCAGUUAGUUUUUCCUUAUUGGAUUUGCCUCCUGUAAAUGAGUAUGACAUGUAUAUCAGGAAUUUCGGUAAAAUGAACACUAAGCAGGCAUAUGUUCAGUGUAAUGAGGACAAUCUUGAGAGAGACAUUCAGACUGAGGAAGUUGAGACAUUGGAGAAAUGGACACAGCAUCCAGGAGAAAGUGCCCUUGUAUCUGGAGGUGAAGAACAUUUUAAUCGUAUUCUUUUAUGGACGUAUGCAUCUCUAACACCUAAAAUUGAUUCACAAAGAUUAGCAAAUUUCCUCCGGUCUGCUUGUCAGGUGAUUGCUGUUUUGCUAGAGGAAGAUCAAGUUGCAACACAACCCAGGUGGAAACUAAGAUCUCGACAAACCAGUCUGUCUAUUAGUGAUAGCUGUUUCCAGUUAAAUACUAACCAGCCAUUCCUCCAUGACCGAAAAAUAUCCUGCCUAUGUGUCUCUCAGGUUCAGAGGCAGACACUACUUUCUGUUCAUGGAUUACCUGAAAAGGCAGGUGUUGGUUUACUGCACAGAAAGAGCAUCAUAUGUGUUUGGAACAUCUGGCAGCCCUCUAGUCCUCAGAAAGUUUUAAUAUGUGACUCAGAGGUGAUAUGUUGCUGCUUUAGUCCCAAUAAAACAACACUAGUUUUUGCUGGAACAAUAGAUGGUUCAUUGUUGGUGUGGGAUCUUCGAGAAGACUCAAGAAUGCAUCCUCAUAUGAUGAUCAGUGAAACUGACUGGACAUUUAGAGUUCCAACAUUUUCCACUGAUGGCAUUCUAAACUCAGUAAACCACACCUCUCCUAUACUAGCAGUGGAACCUGUCUCAACCUCUCUCAACACUGAUCAGAAUUAUGGGCUCUCAAGCCUCUCUUAUCAGGAGGAAAUGUCAGGCCCUCCAUUUCAGAUAGCUUCAAUGGAUGAAAAUGGAAUCCUCAAUAUGUGGGUAGUUGUUGAAUUACAAAAGGUGGAUUUAGCUGGUUCACAAACUGAUUUAGGUUUAAUUCCUGGAGGGAAAGUGAAGUUAGUUCAUAGCUCUGCUAUGGAAUUGAAUAACAGCCUUUUCCCAAAGGAUGUGCGCCAGAGAAUGCCCCAGACACUGACUAUUAAAUUUCUGUCUUCUAAUCCUAAUCAUUUCAUUGUUGGAACAAACAUUGGGCUGGUAGGCCAUAGUACAAGACAUGAUUUAAAAGUUCUUCCAAAGCUAUUCAGACCCCAGGAGAGCGGACUGAGAUCAAUAAGCAUCAAUACAAUUGAUUUCUUCCCUUUUGGAAAGCCACUAUUUUUGGUUGGCUGUUCAGAUGGAAGUAUUAGAUUACACCAAAUGACAUCAGAGUAUCCCCUCAUGCAGUGGAAUGACAGCACAAAUGGCCAGCCAGUUAUUGCCCUGCAGUGGGCUUUAACAAGACCCUCUGUGUUUUUUGUCCUGGAUGCAUCAUCUAAUAUUUACAUUUGGGAUCUUCUGGAAAAUGAUUUGCUGCCUGUGGCAAAGCAGACCAUUCCAUCAGAGAAUGUUGUGACUAUGGCUCUGCUGGGAGAACCAGAAAAAACAAAUGGAUUGUUAGGCCUUGCACUGGCCAAAGAAUCUGGAGAGAUAGACAUACAGUAUGUAAAGGAGAAGUGGGCAUUACCUCAGCCUGGGGAAUCUGAAAAACUACAUUUGCUUUUAUUGCAGUCUUUCUAGAAAUGAAACAACUCUCUGGGUGUACAAAUUAUUGCAAAAUAUUUAGAUUAUUUUUUACUGUAAUUAGAAGUUUUAUAAUAUAAUUUUGUAUUUGUAUAUAACUUGUAUAUAUUUUAAAGUAUUUCAGCUGAAACCAUAUAUUUUAUCACAAUAAUGGCAGAAUCAAAUUUAGCAUUAUUGUAUUCAAAAAAAUGAGGAACUGUUUUUCAGUAUUGAAUAGUCUAAAUGUAUAUAUUUUCACAAAAAUACUGAAAAUAUAUUCCUAUAAAUUA